AUGUCACUUGCGCUCGACAAUGGAGCGGCGGCAGCGUCGUCGGAGGCUUCCUUCUUGGGGCUCAUAAGACGUCAAUUGGCGAAGCCAAUGGACCUACCGAAGGACUUGCGCCUGAAUGACCAGGUCGCCGUCGUGACAGGUGGCAAUGGGGGUCUGGGCUUCGAGGCAUCGCGCCAUCUUCUUCGACUCGGGCUCUCGCAUCUCAUUAUGGGCGUGCGGUCCCAAGCUAGCGGUGACGAGGCCGCAACGAGACUGCGCAAGGAGUUUCCAGCGUCGAAGUUGUCGGUCUGGAUACUAGAUAUGGAAUCAUACGACUCGUGCCGCGGCUUUGCAGACCAGUGCGCCGCACUGCCGCGGUUGGACAUGGUGAUCCUGAACGCCGGCUUCAUGAAGACACCGUUCGCAACUGUAUCCGGGACAGGGCACGAAGUUACCAUGCAGGUCAAUUACUUUUCAACCGCCCUUCUUUCGAUCCUGCUCCUUCCGGUACUCACAGAACAGAAGAAGAGUGCCGAUGGAGAGACCCGGAAACCCCCGGUUCUCGCCAUCGUGGGAUCUGAUAUAAUGUGGUCGACCAAGGUCGAGACGGUGGGGCCAGUCCUGAAUCAAUUUGACGAGCCCAAGGAGUUCGCACAACCCCGCUGGUAUGGCGUAUCAAAACUGCUGCUGGCGCUAUUUGUCUGGAGGCUAUCGGUGGCGGUCAACCCAGACGAAGUCAUCAUCAACCUCGUCAAUCCGGGAAUGACGGGCGGCACCAGCUUUUUCAGCAGGGAGUCGUUUGUUGUACGCAAAGCCAUCGGCUUAGUACAAUUUCUGCUGGCAAGAAAGGCAUAUGUUGCGGCGACGACGUACCCGAGCAUCUGCUACACGGCAGAGGGUACAGUGUUCAGGGAUCGUCUGUGGGAAGAAACAAUGGAGGACUUGAAUUCGUACAGGGCAUCGGAGAUUGUCGCGGGUCUAAAUGCCAAUAGCUGA